AGGCCACGAGUGUGGCGCGCAGUAGCAUUCAUCUCGGUACAGAAAGGCAUGAACAUAUUCAGAUUAUUGGGGGAUUUCUCUCACCUCGUCGCCCUCAUAAUCCUCCUAAAGAAAAUCUGGAAGACUAAGUCAUGUGCUGGUAAGAUACCUUCUGUCAGUACUCCUGUACUGUCAUAUGUACGCCAAAAACAACACCAAAGUUUUGAAUCCUAAAUAGGUAAACGUUUGUCGCUCUCGUUAUUGCAAUACUAGUCCUAGUAGGUUUCUUUCACUUUAUAACAAAAUCACACUGGCUCACUUUCGUCCAGUUAAUCAGCUCACUCCCUAGAUUGUUCUACUGACUUUUGGGAAAUCAUCUAGAUUCCCUUCGAUUCGGUUGUUUUUUUCCAAAUAUUAGAAAGAUCACUGGGAGGUCGGUAUUGUUCUGCGGGUUACGCCUAACGCAAAUUCGAGUGGAGUUCGUUACCUCAGCACGUGUUUGAGGCUCCUUCCGUCGACUGCCAAAGGAAAGUUGGAUCAAUUGAGAGACCACCAUUGCCAGGACUAACACAGGCCAUUAAGCAUUCUGUCCUUUCUAAACUGAAACCGAAAGAUUUAAUCAAUUCAAUCUUGUCAGCCUUGCUACUUACUCCCCAUCUUUUCAUGUUAUCUACCAGACUUUCAGGAAAAUCCCAACUUCUUUUUGCGGUUGUGUUUAUAUCACGUUAUGUGGAUUUGUUUUUCAAUUUCAUUUCACUGUAUAACACCAUCAUGAAGCUUUUCUUCAUCAUUUGCUCUUGUACGACCGUCUACUUCAUGUAUUUCAAAUUCAAGGCUACCUACGAUUCUAAUCAUGAUACAUUUGCUGUGUAUUUGUUGCUGAUACCCAGUCUGCUUCUAGGAUUAGUGGCCAAUUACGAAUUUUCUUUAUAUGAGGUACUGUGGGCUUUCUCAAUUUACUUGGAAUCGGUUGCUAUUAUGCCUCAGUUGUUUAUGAUUAGCAAAACUGGCGAAGCUGAAACAAUCACUUCUCACUACUUAUUUGCGUUAGGAUCGUACCGUGCGUUGUAUUUGUUCAACUGGAUAUACCGUUAUGUUUUCGAUGAUUAUCUCGACUAUAUUGCUGUUGUUGCGGGUAUUGUACAAACAUUAUUAUACUGUGACUUCUUCUAUUUGUAUAUAGCUAAAGUUAUGAAAGGACGUGACUUACGACUACCUGCCUGAUCUCUACUAAUUUCCAAUAUUUCUUUUUUUGACUUUAUGAUGUUUUCGCUUCGUUUCUCGAUAGUUGUGUUAUAAAAUAAAAUAGUCUUAUGCAUCAUA